UUGCUGUACAGUCAAAACUGCAACGCAAAGAUUUAAUUUUCAAUAAAUAGAUUGUCAACAUAUUUAAAAAUAUAUACUUAGAAUGCAAAUUUGGAGUGUAACAGCGAUUAUUUUGCUAACAUGUUCAGUUCUGCGUGCGGAGAACUCAACUGACGCAGUCAGUUCAAAGAGUAUUGCCGAGCUCUUGCUUCAAGCCCAACAAUAUGAAGACGAGAUUCAGCAGGACGAAGAAAGUAUUGGAGUAUUGGAAAAAUAUAUUAGUGAAAAUAUAACUAAUAUCAAAAAAGAUUUUGAUAUCAUACGAAAUCAGUUGAGGCAAUUCGAAGAAUUAGAAAAUCUGGCCCAAAUCUAUAGAGCUGCGCUUUUGAAAAUAGAGCCAACAUUAUGUUUACCCGAACUCAAACUAAGCGGAUCCUAUAAGAUCAACGGCUCGUUCGAAGCGAGCUGCAGUGGGGAUGAUAUUGCCGGACCUGGCUGGACUGUUAUACAGAGACGCAUUGAUAAUAAUUUGAUCUUUCAACAAAACGGGACCUCGUACGAGCGCGGAUUUGGUGACAGCUCAAACAAUUUCUUCAUUGGUCUGCAAAAGUUAUAUCAAUUGACAAGCAGUAAGCCCCAUGAGUUGUAUAUACGUCUUGAAAACCUACUGGGCGAGACACGCUAUGCACUCUAUAGUCAUUUCAAGAUUGCCGACCUCGAUGAGCACUAUACAUUGAAACAAUUGGGUGAUUAUGCUGGCAAUGCUGGUAAUGCUUUAAAACAUGCUCUAGAUCAGCCAUUUAGGAUAUAUGAUACCAUGUGUGGUUGGUAUCAAACAAAUCCCAAUAUUGGCUGGUGGAUUGGUUGCAAUCUUUCCGGUGAAGAAAGCAACCUGAAUGCAUUGCUGAGCCAAUGGCAUACCUGGCCGACGAGUUUUAGAUCUGUCGAAAUGAUGAUACGUCCGCAAUUGAUGUGCCACAAUGCAUUUGAUAAUAAAAAAAAAUAUUCAAAUUCCAUUUUAGACUGCCUUUUCAAGAGGAAUUUCUGAAGUAAUAUGCAUAUUUAUAUAUAAAAAUUCCCUUUCAAUGUCGUAUAACUCAGCAAUAAAAAUAUAUGUUUAAUAUA